AGGGAUCCAAAUAAGCCAAGGUCCAACUCAAACUAGAACCUCACAUCAUCUCCUCUUGCUUCCGUCCUCGUGAUGCAAGGAGGAAAAGGAUAUGAGGAGGAUUCAGUAAGCUACCGCACAAAGAUGCACAAAGGUCGUCUACGCCUUCGACCCUGGCUGGAGGAGCAGAUUAACUCUAGAAAGUACCCAGGAGUCGUGUGGCUCGAUGAGCAAGCCAGGGUUUUCCAGAUUCCGUGGAAGCAUGCUGCUCGGCAUGGCUGGAGUAUAGACAAGGACGCCUCUCUAUUUCGCAACUGGGCGAUUCACACGGGCAGAUAUAAACCAGGCAUAGACAACCCAGACCCCAAGACCUGGAAAGCCAAUUUUCGCUGUGCACUGAACUCGCUGCCCAACGUGAGGGAGUUGCCAGACAGGAGCAUGAAGAAAGGCAGCAAUGCCUACCGGGUGUACGUCAUCCUACCUGGCAACCGCAACGAAAGGAGAAGAAAAGGUCUGUGGCCCUCUGAUGCUCGCAUCAAAAGUGAACCCCCGCCGCCAGCACUCACGACAGAUCUCAAUCUCCCCCUGAAAAGAUUCACAGAAGCUUUCUCAAAGUACAGAGGAGAUGAACCUGAGCUCCCUUGCGACAUUGUCCAUCGAAGAGGCCAUUACUCCUCGUUGACCUCCACCAAGGGACAGCAGGCCUCCAAAGAGGACCCCCCUGAUUUGAUGCACUCCAGCACUGAAGCACAUGCCCUUUCCAACACCAACAUGGACAUCCCAUACUCAAAUCAUGGCCAAGAGCAAGCAGAGGCGAUCAUGAAGAUAGUUGAUUAUCUGGAAAAUAAGGACCACCUGAUCCCCCCUGUGGAGUUGGAGCAAAGCUGGAGCAAAGCUGCAGUGAGCACCGCUUGGGCAGGCCGCUUAUGUGAGUAUUACUAG